AUGUCAGCAAGCGAUUGUGUUGCGUCGAGGUGCAUCACAUACCUGCCGAAUUUGAGCGACGAAGCUGGCCGCGGCGGAAAACAAGGCGAGUUUGAGCGAACAACAUCGUUUGCUCUACGCAAGGAGACCAAAUCAAGUGACAACAACGACGAAGUUGGCUGCUCCGUGCACUCCAAUCCUCGUGCUUGUCAUGGUGCUUGGCUUGUUUGUGCCACCGAGUCAUUCUCAAAGAUUGACAUUCGAGCACAGAUAGGAAAUGGCGUAGGCCAAGCCCUCGGAAGAGUGGAAUUGACGAAUCGAUCGGAUCGCGAUGGAAGCAGAGAUGUUGGCGACAAAGGAGAGGAAGCAAACAUGAACUCCGUCAUUGACGUACAAUAUGUUACCCCGCAUUCCUCUUCCGCCGCGGCCGGCAUGCAGGCCUGA